AUGUUUUCUAAAGAAAUAAAUGAUUUAGGAAAAACAACUGUGGAGCAACACCAAAUUAUUACUGAAAAUACACCACCUAUUUACCAAAAGGCCUAUCGUAUGUCUCCAGCUAAACAUGAAUUCAUUCAACAAGGACUUAAUUCUAU